AUGUCGCGCGCUGGGAAGUGGCGCCUGAACCGACGCUCGCUUUUCCCAAGGAACUUCCGAAAACCCGUACGCAAACUGAGAUACACGGCGUUGUCGGAGGAAAAGGAGGAAUGGGGGAAUGGAGAAUUGGCUGGCGCUUUUUGGAAUUUGUGGUUCUUUUUUUUUUCCACAUGCUGUCAGUUGCCUGUUCGGGAAGAACUUUCAGGCCUGUUCGGGAAGAACUUUCACCGUCGUGCAAAUUCGAACCGCUCCAGGCUAAUCAGGAGACGAUCCGAAAUUUUAUGCGAUCCAGAAAUCUUCUGCGGGCGGAUAUGCGAAAAAUUGCUGACUCAAAUGUCCUCAAAUUCACCGCAAAAAUCGGCUGAAGUGUGUCUGUCGGAUGCGCCGGCCACGAGAUAUUCGAGCCAUGACAUGACGAACAGUCACGAAAAGACACGUCCACACUGUUCCACACUGCUCCACACUGCUCCACAUACUGCUCCACACGAGCCGCCAGCCAAUGUUCUGAUCGACCAGAAUUUGCGCGCGGGAUCCGCCCUCGGAUUCCAUGACGCGAGGAUAAUACCCGUCGGUGACCCUCAGUCGGUGAUGGAGCUUUACGGCUCGGACGACGGGUUCCUGCGAGAUUCCGGCCGAACCCGCCGCGGACCCCCCAAGGCCCUCCGCGCGUCUGACGUGUUGGGGGACGAUACGCGACCCUUCGGCGCAUUCGAUGCUGCUGACACGAGGAGCGAGCGCGGACCGAUGGCAAGAGCCGAGACUCCGGGUGCGCCGAUCCUCAAGAUCGACCCUCAAGAUCGAAAGAAGGUCAAAGGAGUGAAAGCAGCGUGUCAUAAGUUCAUCAACCUCGAGGAGACCCGACCCCUCGCCGACUCCGUCCAGAUCAAGCAGAUCAAGCAGGCGAGCACGCGCUCCGUGGGCAAGAAGGCCUGCGCCGCGGCGGCGGGGUCGACGAGCGAGGUUGCGCGCGGCGACGCCAUCCGGGUGAAGGAGUUUCGGGGAGGUUCUUGGCACGGAGGCAACCACGCCGGCUCCCUGCUCAAGGUGGCCGGGUUGUUCAGGUGCAAAAGCGAGCGAAACAUCCGGGCGAUCAUCGAGCAGCACUCGGCGAAGGGUGUGCCCUGCAGCAUCACCGCAACGCUCGACUCCAUCGACGGCGGCUUCACGCCCGCCCAGCUCGAAAGCGGAGACUUGGGCGUCAAGCUCGAGUGUGGUGCGGUCGACUCCACGGAACCCGCGCCCGUACCUUCGAUGUCGAGAAUGCCUUCGCAUCUGGCGAACACGACCAGCCGAGAGGGUUCCGAGGGAUCCUCGGGUCCUACGCCACCGCCGCGGGCUCGGAGAGGGAAGGAAAAGCAGAGGUCUAACCUCACUCGCGCGUUACCCGCCGACGAUCCCCUCGACUCGCCGCGCAUCAACGCCGCCUUGUUUCCUCGCUCAGCCGUAUCCAGAGGUCCCGCGUGCCCGAAGGAGCCUCGGGGUCACUUCGACGUGACGGUGAAGAUGGUUGGUACGAUGGACGAGCACCCGGCGUACUCGUCGGAAAAGGAGCGGACGCUCUCGCUGGAACACGCGAGGCGGCUCGGGAGGUACCUCGCCGAGCGAACCAUCGAAGGAACCCUCGACGAGGCGGAACAAAUCUACGGAAAGACGUCCCAGAUGUGGAAGGAGGCGGGGAGUGUCGUCGAGGAGCGCGACGGGGUACCGAGACAUUUCCCGCCCCGAGAGGAGCACCAGCCGCCGUACAUCCAGGUGUGCAUCCGCGGCAACCCGGACGCCAACUUCGACGCCGUCGGCGAGGGUUGCGACGACGAGAUCAGGAGGCUCUGCACUGACGGGGUCGUCGGUGUGCCAGCGGAGGACGAGGGAGACAUCCACGGGUCGGGACGAUCGACGGCAGUCGCGGAACCGCCCCCGCUGCAGACGUACUUUCGCGACGCGAUGGACGACCUCGACUUCCUCUUGCCCGACGUUCUCUUGGACGCCGGGUUGCACCAACACGAGUCAAUGCCGCCUUGA